AUGGCGAAGCACUUGGGCUCUCUGGGCCUGCUUCUGGCAUCUGCUGCCGGAGUUUCAUCCCUGUCGCGAUCUUCAGCCACAGCCCGCUCGAUCAACACGAACAAUCUAUUCGCUGAAGAGACUACCCAGCUGACCGACGAGUCGCUGACUGAGCUGGGUUCUCUUCUAUACGGACAGUCCAUCGGUCUUGAUCACGCGGCCUUUGACCAAAUCUUUGGCUUCUCGAAGGACGCUUCGGUCACCAAGAGAUCCGCGGCAGACUGCAAGACUUAUGCGGGUGACUACUCAUGGCCGGACGAACUCGUGUGGUUCGCUUUCGACUUCCUACUUGGCACUGCCCUGCUCGAGGUACCACCUAUUGCCUCGCCAUGCUACUCGAAUUGGGACAACUACGAUGAAGCACUGUGCGCGUCAAUCUCGGAUGGCUUCACCGACAGCCACCUCCACAUGGACCACCCUUCCUCCGUCAUGAGUCCUUUCUAUCAAGGCGCGACCUGCAUGCCCAUCGAAGGUGCCCCGGGAAACUGUACGUUGGGAGGAUUCCCUUACUAUGUUGUCAACGCGACCAAUGUUGCGCAGAUCCAGCUCGCGAUCAAUCUAGCCCGGAACCUUGACCUUCGUCUCGUCAUAAAGAACACCGGACAUGACUUCGCAGGAAAGUCAACAGGCGCAGGCGCGCUCAGCAUUUGGACGCACAAUCUCAAGGGCCUCGAGUACCUGCCCGACUUUUCCAGCAGCAGCUACGUCGGGCCUGCUUUCAAAAUGGGAUCCGGCGUCCAGACCUUUGAACUGUACGCUGCGGCCAGGGAGAAUGGUGUCACUGUCAUAGGCGGCGAGGGCGAGACGGUGGGCGUUGCCGGGGGCUACAUCCAAGGAGGCGGACACUCGCCGCUGGGCAGUGUCUACGGGCUGGGCUCCGACCAGGCCCUCGCCUUCCAAGUUGUCACCGCCGAUGGACAAUUCCUGACCGCAUCAGACGAAGAAAACUCGGAUCUGUUCUGGGCCCUCCGUGGCGGCGGUGGAGGCACCUUUGGCGUCGUGACGAGCGUCACCGUGAAGGCCUACCCGAAGAUCGGCGUCACCAUCUCCAACUUCACGCUGACGACGGGUGAUGACCUUGACUCGGAGACCUACUGGCAGGCGAUGCGGCUGUUCUGGAACCACUUUGUGGAUCUUGCGGAUGCUGGGGCCUACUCCUAUUUCCGGAUGUACGCGACCGGCCCGGACGCGUUUUACUUCGGAAUGACCCCUUUCUUCACGCCAAACAUGACCGUCGACGAGCACAAUGCCUUGCUCCAGCCUUGGAUCGACGAACUGUCUGCCCUCAACGUCUCGCUGACGUGGGUCUCCGAGCCGACCUAUUAUGACGAUUUCUACGAUGCCUGGGCACAGGCGUUCCCUCUUGAGACGGUUGGCCUUGAUGCUGGCAGAAUUGCUUCCAGGCUCUUCCCGCGCGAGAACUGGGAGAACACGACUCUGUUGAACGAGACUUGGGCCGCUGUCAAGAAUACGACCGAGAACGGAUUCUACUUCACCGGGUUCAACAUGAAGAACGAGCUCUACCCCGAGAACACCGCAAGUUCGGCCAACCCGGCAUGGCGGAACUCCGUCUUGCACGCGAUUACGGCCGUGUCGUGGACGGAUCCCACUUCCCCGGAGGACAUCCUGGCGCUCUCAGAUGGCAUGACGUACGGGUGUCUGGACCAGUGGCGGGCUGUGACCCCCAACUCUGGAUCAUAUCUCGGCGAGGCCGACUCCGCCGAGCCGAACUGGCAAAAAUCCUUCUGGGGGUCUAAUUAUGACCAGCUCUUGUCCAUCAAGCAGAAAUACGACCCCAACGACGUGUUCUACGCCCGGAAUGCAGUCGGCAGCGAGAAUUGGAAGGUCGAGACGGAGACUGGCUUGCCGACGCAAAAUGGCAAGCUUUGCAGGAUAUGA